AUGUCGACGGUCUUUUCUUUCCAGACACAGCUCAUCUCCAUCAUGGACGCGUUAUCCAAAACAGCUGUGAUUGAAAUAAGCAAACUGGUCGACAUUGAGUCAAAGAUGCUGAAAAUAGAGAUAAAUCGAGGACGAAACGAGAUAGCCUCUCUCACUGAGAAACUCCAGCUGAUGGAGAAAUUGCUCUACAUGGCACAGGGGGGAAGGCAGGACGCAGUCGCUUCAGCAUGCAUGGUGAGGGAUGGUUCCGAGGACGGGAUGUUUGCGUCUGAGAGGACUAGACCUGCAAUAAAAAGUGAGGGUCGCUUGGAAAGGAUAACUUCUUCCAACGAGAGAAGCAGUUUGCAUCAAAUUGAAGAGCCUACUGUAGCUGAGGCCCCUAGUCCACCCAAUGGGGAGACUGAGUUGAUCAUGGUUAAGGAAGAGCCGCCAGAGUUGAACAAUGGAGACACUGAACAAGAAAGAACUAAUGAAAAUAGACAGGAAGCACUCCUAGAUACCCAGAAGACUCCAGAUGGCAUACAUCAUUCAAAACCUGCUGCAGAUCACCCACAGCACCUGUUUUCUUGCUUUGUGAAUAUAGCUAACCAGUCACCUCCCUCAAGACCAGGAAGGAAGGAGACAGAGUGGAAUCCACAGCUUAGAUCUGCACACACAACGGUUGAGGCUGAAAAAACCUCUGCUCAAAAUGUUGCCUCCCAAAGCUCAAGUGUGCUUAGAAACACAAAGCUUCACAACCUAAGGAACUCUGCUGCUAAGAGAUUUGGCUGUCUGCAGUGUGGCAAAGGUUUCAGAUGCUUUAGCCAGCUUGAAAUACAUCAGAGAAGUCACACAGGAGAGAAACCUUUUAGGUGCACACUGUGUGGAAAGAGAUAUGCACAAAAAGGACACCUGUAUACACACCAGCGCACCCACACUGGGGAGAAGCCAUACCGCUGUCCUAUUUGUGGAAAGGGCUUUAUUCAGAAAUGCACUCUUGAUAUGCAUCAACGCACACACACCGGAGAAAAACCUUUUGUUUGUAUCAAAUGUGGUAAGGGAUUUACAAAGAACUGUAAUCUGAAAAAACACCUUGCUGUACAUCUUGACCCUAGUUUGAACAUGUUUGGUACUGAAUCUAGUGCACCUACUUUUAGUACAACAUUCAUAAAUGGAACAACUUAAAACAGACUGUAAAUGCUAUGUGGUUUGAAUAAAAUAUAUGUGAUCAAUAAAGUUUUUUCAACAGA